AUGUCGACCAAGGACGCGAUUGCGCAUAUCUCGAAGGUGCUGGUGUUGUCAUACAUUGUCGACUGGGUGUUCGUUGUCGGCCUAGCCUUGAUCGGAUAUGGCUUCAAUAAAGUCACACCUAAUCAUCACGCCUUCUCCCUCGCCGACCCAAACAUAUCCUUUCCCACCGGCUGUGAUUAUCCUUCUCGGAGCAUUCGUGCUCAUCCCGGGACCGCCACUCAAAAUGGAGCGAAACCCUCCAAGUCGCAAUUGAUUUCUCGCAAAAUAUGGGAGUGGAAUGCGGGCUGGCUGGGUCUUGCGUUGGCGCUGGCAGCCGCCUGGACGUCCACACAGGGACUCAAGACUCUCGUCGGAAAACCUCGCCCUGAUCUGCUGGCGAUCUGCAAUCCUGAUGUGAGCGACAUUGCUUCUCAUGUGGUCAGUGGGCUUGGCGAGAGUUUGCAGGGUGCUGCAGUGCUUGUCGAUUGGACAAUUUGCCGAGACCAGUCUGAUCUGGUGCGCGUCGAUGGAUUCUCGAGUUUCCCUAGCGGACACUCGUCCUUCUCUUUCGCCGGGUUGGGCUACUUGACCCUCUGGCUGUCCUCGAAGUUCUCCGUCGCCUUCCCGUAUCUACCGCAAUACCCGGUGGAGGGUCGUGACUUUAGUGAUGAACGUGCUUCCGUCCGUACGCGAGGCGCGGCUCCUCCAGUCCUGUUGAUGAUUCUUGCAUUCGUGCCUACGGCCACGGCUUGCUUCAUCGCCGCCUCUCGAUGGAUGAACUACCGGCAUCACGGGUUCGAUGUUCUCUUCGGCUCUGCCAUCGGGAUAUUCUUUGCUUACAUCGGUUUCCGCAUGUACCAUCUCCCGAUCCAACGUGGGGCGGGCUGGGCAUGGGGACCCAGAGGCCCACGAAGGGCUUUUCUGCGCGGUGUUGGGUUCCCUAGUUCGCUAGGCGUCGAUAGUUGGACGUAUGCGCAGAAAACCGAUGAGACGCGCAACGGAGUCCAUUUCCAAACGGAUGUGGAAAAUAUUCCGAUGCGGGACCGGCCGGAGCGAGGCCCUACGGAUGACAGCUUUUGA